AUGAAUAGAGAGGAUUUAGCCAUUUUUCCAUAUACUCCAUAAUUCUAGACUAUUUACAAUCCAACUCUUGUACAUCCAAUGAGUGCAUUUGUUUCGAGGUCGUCUUACAGAAAUAAUUAAUUAUAACGAAACAAAUUAAAUAGGUUUAAUGUUGAACAUUAUUAUUCGAAAAGAUAACAUGAUUAAAGACACAUCUCUUUGCCUAGAGCAUUAUAAGCAGUUUAAAAAUCAUAAAUUGAAUGUAAUAUUUUAUGUUAUAUCUAAGAGUAGAGAAGAUAAUCAUAUUACAAAGAAGCAACAAUAAGUAUAGUAUAUCCAGAUUCAAAGCAUGAAGAUUCAAUUGUCUCAAAAAUAGACAAAUUUUAAAAUUUAUAAAAUAACUUAUAAAGUUUACAAAUGGAUCUUGUUGAAGAAAAGAAAACAAAUAUAAAUGAUCUUAAAAAAUCUUAUUCUAAAUUCAAGGAUAGUACUAAAACUAAAACACUUUUAAGUACUAUUUUAAGAGGGUUCUAAUAUAAGUAAAAUGAUGUUGAUAAAGAUAAUCUCAUUUAAAUUAUGGGUCUGCAAAUAAAGACAUCUAAAUUAUAGGAACAAUAAUCUAUAAGAACUAAAGCAUAUUCUUUAGAAAAGGAGAGGGAAUAAUUAAAAACAUAAAUAGAAAAAAGAGAAUGUACAACUCGUUCAGUAUAAAAAAGAAGGGAAUCUCCAUGUAAUAAAAUAAAAAAUGUUUCAUAAUAAAAUAUGAAAAUAAAUUAAAAUUUUAGAUUUUCAUUGAAUGAUUAUUCAAGUUUGAGUAGAGAUCAACUAUUUUAAAUAAAAUUAUUGAGUUAUCAUCACUUUUUAUUUGUUGUUUCAACCUAAUGUAAUUUUUAUGUUGUUCCAUCAAACAAUUUAAUUGAAUUAAAAUUUAAAGUUGGAAAAGGAAAUAACAGUUUACUAAUUAAAGAAACUUUUAAAUAAAGAUGGUGGUGGACAUUAAAUUAAGAAGCAGAUAAUAAGGAAUUAAAUUUUAUUUGGACAUAAAUCAAGGUACCUUAAUUUAUGAAUCUAUAAGAAUGGAGUAAAGAAUCUAUUUUAACUCGUUAAAAAUCAUUAUCUACAACAUCAACAGAAUUAAAAAGAAUAAAAAAACUUUAAUCUCCAAAAUCAUAAAAAAAAACUUCAAGAUUUGGUCAAUUUGAUGAUCCUUUAUAAAAAUUAAUGAAUGAUUAGGAUGUUAAUGAACUUAAAAACAUUGAUAAAUCAAUUUAAGACUUUUUAAAAUAUGCAGAAAAAAAAGAAUUUAAAAUUAUUGACAAUAUUAAUAAAGUAUCUCUUGAUAUAAGCCUAGAUUCACAAUCAUAUUGAAAGGAAUUAUCAUUUAGGAAAUAAAAAAGCAAUGUUUCAUAAUAUGAAAAAGUUUUAUGAAUUAACUAAAUAAGAUCUAUUUUAACAUCUACCUGUUACAUUCCAUGUUUCUGGAAUUAAAGAUAAAUCAUAUUAAUAAUUUUUAGAAUAUUAUAAAGAAAAGUAUAUUUAAUUAUUUAUAAGGAAGGGAAACGGUAUAUGGAUAGUAAAGCCUGGAGAAUUUACAAAUAGAGGUAAUGGAAUCAUUGUAUGCCAAAAUUUAAAUGAGAUACAUAGAAUUGUUAGUAAAAGAUAAAAUCAUCCAAAUGGAAAACCAUUUACUUAUUUGAUUCAAAAAUAUAUUGAGAAGCCUUUUUUAUAUAAUAAAAGAAAAUUUGAUAUUAGAUGCUAUUUCCUGAUAACUUAAUUAAAUAAUAUAAUCAGAGCCUAUUGGUAUGAAGAAGGAUACUUAAGAACAUCGAGUGAAGAGUUUGAUAUAUAAGAUGUAAGUAAUUAUAGAAGAUUAUAUUUUAUUAAUAAAUAUUUAAAUCUAUUCAAUUUCAGAAUAAAUUAAAUUAAUUAUUAAAACUAUCUUUAUCUAUAGUAUGUACAUUUGACUAAUGAUGCCAUACAAAAAUAUAGUCAAGCAUAUGGAAAAUAUGAAAAUGGAAAUAAAUUAUCUUUUGCAGAAUUUUAAAGAUAUUUAGAUAAAUGGCAUAAUAAUGAUCACUUCGAUUUUUAUAAAGAUUUAUAUCCAUAAUUAAAAAUGAUAACAUUAAAUGCUAUUAAAUCUGUAUAUCAUAAGAUAGAACCAUUCAAAAAAAAUUAUAAUUUUGAAAUUUUUGGAUUAGAUUUUAUGAUUGAUGAAAAAUUUAAACCUUAUCUAAUAGAAAUAAAUACAAAUCCUUGUUUAGAAUUAAGUUCACCAUUAUUAGGUAGAAUAAUACCAGCUAUGGUUGAAAAUGCCUUUAGGUAAAUAUAUUUAUAAUUAUUAUCAGAUUAUCUAUAGAUACUAUAGUACCACCACCUGAAUCAUCAGCAUGGCCACCAAAUAAAAAACAUUUAUUAUUUUAUGAUAAUCUUUUGGAAAACAAUAGAUUUUAAUUAUUAUUUGAUGAAAAAGAUGAUGGUUUAGAGUUAAAAAAUUUAUAUAGUAAUUAAAUUAAUGAUGAUCAAAUUGAUGAAAUGAAUGAAGAAGAAGAAGAAUAUAAAUCAGAUGAUGAUUGA